UUUCCCUUCAUGCAAACGCAAGUACACGAAGGGCUGUGUGAAAAUUAUUUUUCCCUUGUUUGGAUUCACAUUGCUUCUCUUGGACACGCUGGCUUUUCUUUCUUCUCUUCUUUGUGGAUAUUAUGGCUGAUAACACAACAAGUUUAGGGAGUCCAUGGCCUGAAAACUUUUGGGAGGACCUUAUCAUGUCCUUCACUGUGUCCAUGGCAAUCGGACUUGUCCUGGGAGGACUCAUCUGGGCUUUGCUUGUUUGUCUGUCUCGACGAAGAGCCAGUGCCCCCAUCUCGCAAUGGAGUUCCACUAGGCGAUCGAGGUCUUCCUACACCCAUGGCCUCCACAGAACUGGAUUUUACCACCACAGUGGUUGUGAACGGCGGAGCAACCUCAGUCUGGCCAGUCUCACUUUCCAGCGGCAAGCUUCCCUGGACCAAGCAAAUUCUUUCCCGAGAAAAUCAAGCUUCAGGGCGUCUACUUUCCACCCCUUUCUGCAAUGUCCACCGCUUCCUGUGGAAACUGACAGUCACCUGAUGACGCUCCCUUCCUCCAAUACCUCUCCCGGUAUCGCUGCCUCGCACAGCCUGAGCCGCCCUGAGUUGCACUGGUCCAGUAGUAACCUCCGAGGCAGCCUCGUAACAGCACCGCCACCUGCCUAUGAGUCCAUCAUCAAGGCAUUCCCUGACUCCUGAGUAGGGUAUCUGCCUUGUUUAAUCGUCAUCCUUUACUCAUUUCUUAGUUAAAA